AUGGGAUCCUCUUCGAGUGCGCCGGCGGUGGAGUUCGGAAACAACGCGGGGAAGCCGAUCACAGCGUAUACGCUGAGCAAUGGUUCGAUGACGGUUCGGGUCCUUGACCUUGGCGCCACAGUCUCCUCUGUCCAGGUCCCGGACUCUGCAGGCAAGAUCAAAGAGGUUUGCCUGGGUUACGAUGACGGCGCGGCGUAUCUGGACUGGACUACAAACCCUUACUUCGGCGCUGUCGCUGGACGAUGUGCGAAUCGCAUUGCCAAAGGCAAGUUUACGCUCGAUGGCAAGGAUUAUCAGCUUGCGGCCAACAACGGUCCUAACCAUCUUCAUGGAGGCAACCAGGGCUUUGACAAGCUCAUGUGGACCUGCGACGCAUCGGAUGCGACGUCCAUUACGCUCUCCUUGCUCUCGCCUGACGGCGACGAGGGUUACCCGGGAAACCUCCGUGCCAGGGUGACUUAUUCGUUGCCGACGUCUAGCUCGUUGAAGAUGGAAUAUGAAGCGACGACAGAUGCGCCAACAUUGUGCAACCUGACGAACCACGCAUACUGGAACCUUGCUGAUGGUGGCACUGGCGUUCAGGAUGUUUGCAAUCAUGAGAUUCAGAUCUUUGCAGAUUUCUAUACGCCAGUGGACGAGACCUCCAUUCCCACCGGAGAGGUUCGGAGCGUUUCAGGGGCCAUGGACCUGCGCCAGAAGACUCGGAUCGGCACUCAGAUUCGGGCGGCUGACAACGGCCUUGGCUACGACCACAACUAUGUCUUGGGCCCCCCCAAGGAAUCGGGGCUUCGCCCAGCGGCGCGUGCUUGGGAUGCCAGCAGCGGCCGCUGGAUGUCCAUGAAGACGAACCAGCCGGGAGUGCAGUUUUACACCGGCAAUUACCUGAACGGCUUCGCAGGUCGCGCCGGAAAAGGUGCUUAUCACAAGCACCAUGGCUUUUGCCUCGAAGCGCAACAAUUUCCGGAUGCAGCCAACCGGCCUCACUUCCCUUCGGUCGUGUUACGACCAGGCGAAGUCUACCGACAGACCACGGUCUAUGAGUUUGGCUGCAGCGACUCUUUUCCGCAGGGUCCCAUUUGA